AUCGGCAUCAAAACCGACAAGCAAUACCCGAGGCAAUUCGAUCAAUAGAGGUCAUGGUGAAAGCCAAUGUUAAUGUUGUUUAGAGCUCGACCUACAAAUAGUACCAUAAAACAUCUCCAUCAUAACUACUGUCCUUUUUGCAUGUUUGCUCACUCAUAAUCAUUGGAGGGAUUGGACAUUAUCAAUUUAUAGACCCAGAUCUUCAUCCAUCAUGUCAGUCGCAGAGCCUCCCGUCCCUGAAGUUUCCCCAACAUACCCCGACCUUCAGGGCAAAGUUGCUCUCAUAACUGGUAUCGGCCAAGUUGGGCCCAAGGACAGUCCAUUCUGGGGCAACGGCGCAGCAACAGCACGACUACUCUCCCGCAACGGCGUCAAGAUAUUCGGCUGCGACCUAAAUCUACCCGCCGCCGAAAGAACAAAAGAAAGACUUCUUGAAGAAGACACCAAUGCCGUGGUCGAUGUCAUAGCCGCAGACGUCAUGAAGCCGUCCGAUGUGGAGGCACUGAUUACCACCGUUAUGCAACGACACGGCCGAAUCGACAUCCUCGUCAACAACGUAGGACAGACAUCUGCAGGCAACCCAGCGACCAUGUCCGAAGAACUAUGGGCACGACAAAUCGAUCUGAACCUUUCUUCUGUGUACAGAGUCUGCCAUCAUGUGCUUCCAAUAAUGCAAAAGCAACGCUCUGGCAGCAUUAUCAAUAACGCCAGCAUCACCGCGAUGCGCUACAUAGGGAAACAUCAAAUCGCAUACGCAGCUGCCAAGGCAGGCGUGAUUCGCUUUACAAAGGCUAUGGGGGUUAUGUAUGCAAAGGAAAACAUCAGGAGCAAUUGUGUGGUUCCCGGUCUCAUGUACACCCCACUGGUGGACAACUUUGCAAAGAGCAACGACUUAGGGGAUCAAGAGGCUGCAAAGAGGAUACUGGAUCACAAUUGCCCAAUGGGAUGGAUGGGCACUGGAGCAGAUGUAGCGAACGCAGUAGUCUUUUUGGCCAGUAGUGCAAGUCGAUAUGUGACGUCGCACGAACUUGUUGUUGAUGGUGGUAUUACCGAGAGUACUGGAACUGGGUUCCAAGCAUCUUUGUAAUUAAAUGAUCACAA